AUGGAUAAUCAACAACUUACACAAGAAAUCCUAGAAAUGAAAUCUGAGAUUGAAGUUCUAAAGAACGAAAUAAAAAGACUAAAAGAAGAAAAAGAGUUGGAGAAAACCAAUAACCAAAUCAAAGAAGUUUUUGAACUUUCUGCAUUUGAUGAAAUAGAAUGGAAUAACAAAGUAAAACAAGAAAUUUCAAAUCAGGAGACAAUAGAGUCUGAGUUAAAAAGAUAUGUUACAUUUAAUAAUACAACAAAUGUUAACCAAUUUUCUAAACAAAAAUCUGUUAUAAAUUCAAUUGGAUCAAAACCUUAUAUUGAACUAUCAACUCCUUUUGAAAAAAAUAAGAAAAUUAUCCCAAUUUGUAUUGACAAAAGAAAGUACCAAAUAAUGAGUACUCUUAUUGAAUAUAUUGAAGUUAAAGUUAAAGGAAAAAAACCAGUUAUAUCAAUUGGUGUUGUAGAAAAUGAAAAUAUUGAUAGAAAUGCUCAUGUUGGAUGGAAUAAUGGAACAGUAGGAUUUCAUUCUGACGAUGGAAAGUUAUUUAAUGAAAAUGGGAAUGGAGUAAUAUUUAAUGAACCUUAUAAAGCAAGUGAUGUCAUUGGAUGUGGAUAUAUUCAUGAAAUUAAUUGUCUUUUUUACACAAGAAAUGGGAUGUUAAUAAAAAUUAUUCCAUUGAGUUGUGAAAUGAAUUAUUUUGGUAUUGGAUUGAGAGAGUAUGAAACUGUAACUAUUAACUCUGGUAAAACACCUUUUGUGUUUGACUUAUUUAAAUUUAAUGAAGAAUUAACAAACAAAACAUCAAAAUAUUUUAAAAGUAUUACACUUAAUAGUAUGUUAUUCAGUUUUGUUGUUACAGCAAAUAUUUAUUUUAGUAUUGAAGACAUUAAACAAUUGAUUUCUAAAAUAAUUCAAGCAAAAGUUAACCAACAGGAUAUUAAACAAGAAGUUCCAACUGAUUUUUUUACUUACGAAGAAAAGUUUUGGAAUGAACUUUCUGAUACAACAGAUUUACAGUACCCAGAACUUUCAAAAAGAAUAUCAUUUGACUCAGUAAAGUCUUGCUCACUACUAAAAGACAUUGACUCCCACAAUCAAACAAUUGUUGUAAGAAUAAGUUCAUACUCACAAUAUUUAGUAAAAAGAAGGUCUGAAAUGGAAACAAGGAUAUAUGUAAAAAAACCAGUAAUUUUACUGUACGAUGAUACAACUAAAGAGAAAGAAGAGUUUUGUUGUCAUUUAGAAUUGAAUGAUGCAAUAGAUAUUGGUACUACUUACCCAAGUCCAAAAGUCAUCAAGGAAGAUAGUGACAAGAAAGAGUAUGAAUGGAAAGGAACUUAUUGUAGUGAUGGAGUAUCAAACUGUGUAAUUGAAAUAAAUAAUAAACAUUUUGAUUAUUUAUUCUGGGAAGGUAUUUGUCUGAAGAAAGAACAAUUCAAAGGAAAAGAAGUUGGAAUAACAAAAGAAAAUAUGACUAAUGAAUUAGAAGUAUUGUUAAAGAAAUUAGGAAUGAAUGAGAGAGAAAUCAAUGACUUUAUUGUUUAUUGGAUUGUAAAAUUAAAUAAGAAGUAUUACAAAGUUACAAUUUGUGAUUCAACAUAUGACAAUGAAAUUGCACGAUUGAAAAUAACUGGAUUUAAUCAAAUUCAUAGAAUAGCAUUAAAAUUUGAAGAAGUUGAAAGUAUUAAUACUCUCCCAACAAUUGAUAGUGUUGAAGAAAGACAAAGACCAACAGGAAAGUAUGUCAUUGAAUGGGGAGCAAUUAUUGCUUAG